AUGAGGGCACUCAAGCUUGACGCUAGGAGAAUUAACACCAUCUCCUGGUUCGUGAGAUUCACUUUUCUACUGCUUCUUACUCCAAACUCUUGUAGUGCCAAUGCUGUUUGGACUGCUUAUAUAAAUAUGACCUUCUAUGUGGGGGACCGAAUGCUGUCUGAGUUAGGCGAGACAGGAAUUUUUGGGAAAGGAUCCGCUUUAAAGAAAGUGUCCGGCAUUAUUGUGCCACCAGAUGGGAAAACUCAACAUGUAUGUCAUCCGAAUACCAACUUCAGCCUUGGAAAAGGCAGAGAGACUUGGUUUGCGCUCAUUGAAAGAGGAGGAUGUAAUUUCACACAAAAGAUUCAGGUGGCUGUCGAUAAAGGAGCCAGCGGGGUCAUUAUAUAUAACUUUGCUGGAACUGGCAAUCAAGUAUUUCCAAUGUCACAUCAGGCUUUUACAGACAUCGUGGUAGUAAUGAUCGGCAACUUGAAAGGCUCCAAAAUUUUCCGUUUAAUUCAGAAGGGGAUUCGCGUCACAGCCAUAAUUGAAGUGGGAAGGAGACACGUCAUCUUCAUGAAUCACUAUUUGGUGUCUUUUGCUAUUGUUAUAGUUGCUACCAUAGCCUACUUCAUCUUUUAUCAGAUUCGCAAAAAUCGGAUGGCAAGAAUUCAGAAUAGGAGGUGGCAAGAACUAAUAGCAGAUCUCAAGGACGCCUUUGGCCAACUCCAACUCCGGGUAUUAAAAGAGGGUGAUGAGGAAAUCACUCCAAAUGGAGACAAUUGUGUCAUUUGCUUUGAACCCUACAAGGCUGAUGAUAUAGUUCGUAUUCUGACUUGCAAGCAUUUUUUCCAUAAGGAUUGCAUUGACCCAUGGAUUCUAUCCCAUGGGACAUGCCCCAUGUGCAAAUGUGACAUUCUCAAAGCUCUGGGAAUUCAACUUGAUGCAGAAUAUGCCUUAGAACUCUUGCAAGAAAUAAUGUUGGAAGACUUGAAUGACUCUGAAUCAGCAAAUGAUCAGGAGACAAAUAAUGAAGUUCUUAGUGCAACACCCUAUAGCCUGGAAUGA